UAAUAUUUAUCCAAAGUGUUACAAUCAUCCUACUUGAUGCCAAAGACGCCAAAAUUUUCGUUUUUCACUGGGUUUCAGAAUUUUGUUGGAAAAAGAUGGCUGAGCACGAAGAGAAGCACGAGGAAUCGUUGAUGGAGAAGACAGCGGAGAAGAUCCGCGUCCAUGAUUCAUCGUCAUCAUCGUUGGAUUCCGAUGGCCAUCAGCCUUCAACAUCGUUGAUCAAGGCCAAGUUCUUCCGUCUCUUUGGAAGAGAAAGGCCCGUCCACCUCGUUUUCGAUGGAGGCAAAGGAGCCCUUGGUGUUGCAACUGUGAUAUGGGUUUUGUUUGAAUUGCUCGAAUACCACCUUCUCGCUCUAGUGUAUCUCUUGUUGAUAAUUGCUCUUUCGUUACUCUUCUUGUGGUCAAAUGCUACUACCUUCAUAAAAAGGUCUCCACCACGCAUUCCUGAAGUUCAAAUCCCAAAGGACGCUUUUGUAGAGUUCGCCCAAGCACUUAGGUUUGAGAUUAACUGGGAUUUUGCUGUCGUGCGGGAUAUCACAUCAGGAAGAGAUCUUAAGAAGUUCCUCUCUCUCAUUUUGCCCAUCGUGGAGGUGGGAGUAAAGUGCUUUGACCUUGGCCUUCCAUACCGGCUGCUCCUGAUGACAAAGUUACAAUUGAAAGUGCAGAAGCUACCCUUAACCAUCAAGUGUGCUACGAUCAUUCCAGAUGAAGCUGGUGUUAAGGAGUUUAACUUGAAGCAGAUGUGGAAGAGUCCUAAUGGAACAAUUUGGAACAUUUGGAUUGGCAGUGUGUUUAGAGAAGCAAUUAUUUGCAAAAAUGCCCCCCAACUGGUCCCAGGUUGGACAAAGCCCAUAUGCAUUGGAAGGCAAGCCUUUGGUGAUCAAUAUCAAGUAAUUGACAUUGUCAUCAAAGAAGCUGGGAAACUUAAACUUGUUUUUGAGGGACAAUAUGUGAAGACAGAGUUCAAAGUCUUAAACUUCACUGGUGAUGGAGGAGUUUCAUUGGCAAUGUAUGACACAGAUGAGAUUACCAAUCGAAUGACAAACAGCAAGACCUUCUUGUCCUGUGAAAUUGAAAUGUUUGAGAAAGACAUGUCAACUUUGUCAUUGCCAUUGAUGAAGGGUGUGGAAGAAACAAGCAAGGUCCUGGUGAAGGUGCCCAAGGUGGUUCCCUGGCUUUGCAGGGUCAUCCAAGAAGGAAGGGUGGUUUCCAUUGGAAGAAAGAUAAAGGAAUCUGUUUCCAGCCUCAUUUUAUGCUCUUAUAAGAGCAUGACCCAUGAAUUUGCUAAAGAAGCUGAAGUGUUCAAUGCAAAACCUAUUAUAAAGUUCAAUUUCAAAGUCUGCCUUAUGCUGCUUCUGGUGCUUACAACUGGGACAAGAGGUGUUGGAAGUGAAGAUAUUGGAAGCACACUAAUCCCCAGGAACACAGCAAUGAACUCUCUUCUGGUCAACAAAAAUCUUAGAGGCCAUAAACUCAGUGAAAGACGAGAGAUGGUAGGCACAGAAGCUGCUGCAAUGAAUGAUAGUAUCAACUACAAGCCAUUUCAAGGGAACUCUCCACCAAACAACCCAGUGGGCAAGCAAGCCAAUCCUUAUAAGAGACCUUGUAACCCGGGUGAAUAUUGCCGUCAAGGUAAAACAGGAAAGAAAAAGGGUUAAUGCUCCUGAAUUAUAGUGAAAUGUUCAAUCUAGUAUUUGAACUUUAAAAUUUUUCAUAUGGUCUUAACUAUGAAUUUGUUCAUUAAUAUAAUACUCAUCUCUAUCAUAGUUAGCUUCAAUGAUGAUACGUGACAUACAAACAACUCUUUAAGUACUACAUUAAUUAAUAAAUUCAUAAAUUAAGUAUCAUAUUAGAGAGUUUUAAAGUUAAAAUAUUGCAUUGGAUAUUUCACUAUAGUUGAGGGGUCAUUCAUAACAUUAUAAAAACUAGCACUGUAUCUGAUAAAAACGGCAUGAAUUCCCCAGGGUUGAACCCUUCUUUGAGUUCCAGUGGUUUCUUAUAUAUUUUUCUGUCCAUUAGUUGUAAUAAGGACAAUUUAAUGUCAGUUUCAAAAUGUUUAUCAUAUGAAUAAGUACUUUUAAGUUAAACAAGGAAAAGACUUAUAGCUGGAAAGCAUAU